AUGGGGUACGCGGAGAGGAUGGGCAAGUGGUCCCCGUCGGCGAUGCGGCUGGCGCGGAACGUGGCACGGUCAGCAGUGCCGACGAGGCCGAAUCGCGCCAGGCGUCCGGCCCCGAGCUUGGAGAGGGAGCGAGGGGGCGGAGGCGGAUCCGGCCACCGCCGUCCGGCCCCUGCUCCGCCGCCCGCGCGCGCUGUCCCAUGGACGCGACGGCCCGAGCUCGAGCGCAGCCGUCCGCACGCCGCGCCACUGCCCGUGUACGCCGCCGCGCCGAGCGUGGAGGUCGCUCGAGCAGGGGCCGGCGCAGCCGGGAAGGGAGAGGCCGGCCGCCUCCGAGAUCUCUGCGCGGGGUGGAGCCGAGGAGAGCCCGCGGCGGCCCGCCCCGCCGUAGCCGUGCGCGCCGCGAUGUGGUCGCGCCGCGGCCCCUACUCCGCCCCGUCGUGGGCCGAGCGCGGCCCAACCCGCCUUGGCUGCGCCACCCCGCCGUGGCCGUGGCCGCGACGCCGCUCCUCUCGUGGCUCGCGCCGCCGCUCCGCUCGUGGCUGGCCCCGCAACGGCCACUCCGCCGCCCCGCCUUGGCCGUUGCGCCGGCCUCCGCCCAGGAGCUAG